AUGAGUGGAGGUUUGUAUGGCAAAACCGUGUUGGUUACAAACGCGGCCGAUGCCAUAGGCCAAGCCAUCAGCCGAAGGCUUGGUUUAGCUGGUGCGAAACUGUUUUUGACCGAUUCCGAUCAGAGCAAACUUGAAAAGACAGUUGGCGAGCUUGGAGAUAAGGGAAUUGUGGCCAAUGGUGCUGUUUUCGAUCCAACAAUACAAGAUCACAGGCAAAAGAUGUUUGAAGAGGUAUGUUUUACAAUUGUAGAGACUUAUCUUACUUUUAGGUAACAAAGAAAUACAAGAAUCUCGACUCAAUCGUCUUAAACCCGGGGAAGAAUUCAGUGACCGGAGACAUAGCCGCAAAUAGUAAAAUGCAGUUUGACCGAGUAAGAUAUUUAGCUUAGGUUUGAAAAAGUCAUUUUUUAUAUUGACAUUACUUUAGGUUUUCACACAAUUCUUAACGGUUCCUUUCCAAUUGGCUUCAGCGGCUUAUCCUUUACUUCAAACUUCCAAGUAAGUUUGUUGGUAAUGUCAUGUUACUGUUUAGAAAUGGCUCCGUAGUGCUAUUAUCGUCGAUAGCAGGAUAUACACCUUUUGUCGACAUUGGUUUGUAUAGUACAGUUCAGACUUCAGUGCUUGGGUUAACAAAGGCAUUGGCUAUUGAUAUGUCCAAAAAGAAUGUUAGGGUAAACUCCGUGGUGUUAGGCAUGUUCAAGGACGACGGUUGCGGAUGUGUGUGGAAUACAGAUGACGAUAAUGUCAGAAGCUCACUGGAAGGUCUAAUACCUCUCGGUCGGAUUGCGCAACCAAAGGAUUGUGCGGGAUUGGUCGAAUUCCUGAUAUCUGAUCGUUCAAAGUAUAUAUCAGGAGAAAACUGCCCCGUUACUGGUGGUAUCAACGUUAGGUUAUGAUUUUAGAGUUAGUUGUUAUGUUUAAUAAAGUUUUGUUUUAUUUCAGCGGAUUGUUGUUGAAGUCGUAAAGGGAGUUCGUCUACCUUAUUUUUAGCUGAAGAGUCUUAUCUUUUAGGUAUAUUUUACGUAGCUAUUAGUAUAUUAAAGGCUCAAUGUGACGUUGUUUAGGUAUGAACGGGUUAAAAAGGCUGAACUUUCCAAAUUUGUUGCCAAUACAACGGACGGAGUAUGUUGAUCGAAGGUUGAGGCUGCUGGAAAGGCUAAAAGAACACCAUCCUCAACCGGUUGUCCAUCUGAACGGGUUUAAGAAGACGUUUUCAGCACCAGAAGUACCACACCAGUUUAGGCAGUGCUCAUAUUUCCGCUACCUAACCGGCUGUCUGGAACCGAACGCGAAGCUGGUGAUCACACCAUCCAAGUCCACCUUGUUCAUUCAUGUCAGAAGUGAGAAGGAGAAGCUGUGGGACGGAGAUUCAGUGAGUCCAGAAGUGUUGUUGGCGUCAUCUGGAGUAGAGGAAGUGUUACCUCUAAGUGAAUUGCCUAGCUACUUGGUCAAUGCCCUCCAGCCACAGAACUCCUUUGCCUGCGACGAAAGGGGAUUAGAUGAAGAUCAAUCUAUUGUACAAUUGAAGGCGGCGUUCAAAGGGAAACCGCUGCAAUUGCUUAGAGAAAUCGACCAAUUAAGAUGGAUCAAGUCGCCCGCUGAAAUCGAACAUCUCGGAACCGCGGCUCGAAUUGGCAGUCAAGCACACAAUGCUUUGAUGGAAACACUGAAAGGUGUAGCUGAAGAGAAUCACAUCGUCGGGUUUCUGGAAUACGAAGUCAGAAGGCGGGGAGCAGACUCUCAGUCGUAUCCACCAGUUGUUGCAGCUGGGAGAAGAGCAAAUACCAUUCAUUACAUUGACUCCAACCAAGUAAUCAUUUUAAAUUUAAACUAGGUAAAAAGUUAUUGAAGAGUUACACUUAAUUUUGAAAUUGUAAUGCUGAAGAGACAAUAGGUUGUUUAAAAUUACCGUAAUUUUCCUAUUUUAGGCUAUCUCACCAACCGAAUGUGUGCUAGUAGAUGCUGGAGCCGACUACAAAGGAUACGUGUCUGAUAUCACGCGAUGCUUUCCUGUAUCAGGAACGUUCACCCCCGCCCAAGCUGAACUUUACGAAGCGAUAACGGAAGUGCACGAACAAUGUCUGUCGUAUGCGCAAAACAUACGGCCACUCAAGCUGAACGACCUGUACUUGCACAUGUUGGGAUCGAUGGCUGCGAUAUUCAAGUCAAUAUUCUUCUUCAGGAAAGGACUGUCGGAUGACAAGAUCAUCAACACAUGUCAUCAGCUAUGUCAACAUCACGUGUCACAUUACUUGGGCAUGGAUGUGCAUGAUACUCCCACAGUAUCACGAGCCAUUGAGAUGCCACCAGGAAUUGUUUUUACGAUCGAACCAGGUAUGUUUCGUCAUUUUUACGAGUUUCACAUCUGUCCGAUGACAAGUUGCAUAAUAUACGUGUUUAUAGGAGUCUACGUAACCGAGGAAUUGACAAAGACAGUCAUAAACCCAGAGUUCAAAGACAUCGGCUUCAGAAUCGAGGAUGACAUUCUUGUCACUGACAACGGCAUCAGAAUACUCAGCAAGACGGCUGUCAGGAAGCGGGACGAAAUCGAGCAGUUAAUGCAAUGGAAGCGGCAAUAA